ACAAGACAACCGGGGGGAUGGAAAAUAAUGUAAUCAGCUUCAUUUUAAACUAUGUUUUCUAUAAAACAUGCAGUGUAAUUUUAAACUAAUGCGAGUAAGUGGCGGCUUUUCCGUUUUAUUUGAAAAGGCAAAUUAUAAGAGGAGGUUUCUCAGGCUGAGGGCCCAGCUCUUGUAAGAGGGCAAAAAGGGAGCAACGAAAUGUGGGUUCACGGCCUUCGACCUGAGGUUUCUUAAAGGUUGCUUUCUGAGUGCCAAGGAGGGUAGAAAUUGCUGGUAUGGUUGGGAUCAUUGCUAUGGCUGGUACAGUGGAGGAAUAUGAUGAGCCGAGUAAGAAACCGAAAAAAGAUGCAGAGGAUUCCUCCACAAACACAAUCACAAGCUACUUUUCACCAUUAUCAAAAUCCAUUGACACUGGCUUUCCAUCACCCAAAUCCAGUAAUAUAAUGGAUUACUUCAAGAAAACACCAAGUAGACAAAAUUUUGCUUCAAAUGCAUCCAGUGAAUGUGAAAGAAAGAAUUCAACCGUAACAUCUGUGGACCGUAAUAAAGAAACAUCAAUAGUCUCGGAGGAAAAGUGCCAAACACCAAAGGGGAAAAGGCUUAGUAGAAGAAUUAACUUAAGCCAUAAAUUGAAUGAAUGUCAUGAGGUGGUAGAAAUCAGCGAUACUAGCAAUUCGAGCAUUGGAGAGGUGUGCGGCGUGAGAUCGGGUGUCGGAGUUCUUGGGAGUGAUACAGCUGCACUGAUUGCUCAACUUUGUGCAGAAAGCCAAGAACUAUUUGAAGAAAAUGAGGACAAUGUUGAUGUGGAUGUUAAUACUGUACGUAGGAGGACAAAACCGGGGAACAGAAAGAAAAGCUGCAAAGAGCUUGUCAAUCAUUCGAGUAAAAAACUCUCCAAAAAAACACGAAAAAGAAAGGUUGCAGGAAAUUAUGAAGAUCCCUCAAGGCAGCCAGAUGUUGAGCUUGUGGCAAAGGAUGACAGCUGUGAAAAGGGGGUUGAAAGUCCAGAGGCUAAAGGAGCUACUAUUCCUGUGGCUAUUGAAAGUGAAAGAAUGUGUCUCAGUGAGACAGGUUUGGAUACUACAGCUGACGAGACUUCUCAGGUGAAUGACAGUACAGUUACUGUGUCAUUUGAAGACUUUAUAAAGAACCAAGAAACUGAAGAGUCUUCAGCUGAAAAAGCAGCAGGGGACGACUCUGAGAUAAUCGAGGAAAGUAACAAGCUUCCCAAUUUAUUGGAAGACAUGAGUUCAGCUGCUCCUCAGCCAAACUCCCCUAAAACAGUGACAGUUCAUGUUCAGAUUCACUCUAGCCCUAUAUCUACCUCAGCUCAAAAUUCCAAAAGGAAACAGAAAAAAAUAGCAUCAAUCUUUUUGCGCAAGAAAGCUGACUCUGAAAGUGAAGUGAUUGAAAUCCAGCCGGAGAGCCCCUGUCCUGUCGAGAGCACCGAUCCAGCUCCUGCAAGGAGAUCCAAUGUGGUGAUAGCGGAAGAGGAGUUGGAGUUGUCGGUAUUGGACGCCACUGAAAAGAGUCCCGUGAAGGCCAAGUGUAGUCGAGCUGAAAGGGAGCAGUUUAUGAAUGCUUUCAGACGACCACCCUCUUCAGAUCCAGAAAAAAAUGGACUCAAGAAGGUGGCGCAGAAACCAAAAAGCUCAAAGCAAGUUUUAACACAAGGUGAAGGAGAUGUUGAUGAGCACAGUCUAGAGAAGGGAGAAGAAGAAUUUGUCCAGGUUACAAAUGCUGAGAUGUCAAACCAAGGCAGUAAAGAUUCUAGGCUGGAGAAAAGUGAGUCUGGAGGUGCAACCACGAAAAAGAACAAAAAGCUAAAUCGCAGAAAAGUUCGGAAAGCAGAAUGUAAAAAUCCAGAUGAUUGUGAAAUUGAUCCUGAUCUGAAAACGUGCGAUAAGAUAGCUAAAGAAUCAAAAGACCCAAAGCCUUUUGAUCCAGCAACGACUCGAUCGAGUGAAACCUGUAGAAUUACGCGGAGGAGCCUUAGACAGCAAAGAGAUGCUCUGGACUAUUGCCUGACACCAGAUAAAGCCAUUGAAGUGGAUUGUCUGGGUGUCCCAGCUCAUAGGUCAACCCCAAAAUUGACACGUUGGUCUUCUGAAGAAAAUAGCAUCUACAAAGCAGAAAUGAUUCCUAUGACCUGUAACAAGAGUCCGAUCAGAAUGAAGUUUACACGGAUCACUCGGUCAAAAAAUGAUGUAAAAGCAAAGAAAAUGGAUGAGAACGUAGAAUUUACUCCCAGGAGCAUCCAGCGAAUGUGCAGAUCCAAGAAUAUGGUCAAAGCAAAGAGACUAGUUGAAAAAGCCAAAGAACAGAGCAAGUGCAGAAAUCCUGUGGAACCCAUUACGCCUCUUAGGCGGUCAAAUCGACAGCAGUCCAAAUCUGAUGAGAAUUCUCAUGGGACUGAGGACUUGACAGUUAAGUUGAAUUCAAGUGCAGCAAGCAAUUCUGACUGUACAAUCCAACGUGAAAAGAAAUCCAAAACAUUGAAGAAUAUAAGUGACAUGUUGGGAAAGAAUUCAGGUAGCACAUCAGCAGCCAAGAGCACUGCAGCUGACCUCAAGGUUGCUUCCAUAUUUUGCGGUAAAAAAGCAAUCAAAGCUAUACCAUCAGGACCCAUCACCAUUAUUGACGAUAACAGUUGUAAUGGUUCAGAAAACUCUCAGGAUGAUGAACAAUUUAAAGCUAAGCGUCAGUUUCUCAUGAGUGGAUUACCAGAUACGUUGAAAAAACACAUAGCAAAGACUGCAGCAGUGAUGGAGGUCUACUCUGCUGCAAGUGCUGCUUUCCAAACCGUUGUUCAUGUCCAGCAAAAAAGUCAAGUUUCAUUGUUAUGGAACCUAGGUUGGCCCAACUCAGCUAUUCUAAACCGCCUCCAGGAUGUGAGUGAAGGAAUAGAAGGAAUUCUGAAAGUUUCCCUUGCCCUUGGAGAUUUCUCUGAAGUGAAAUACACAACCACCACUGUUGCAUCUUGGACUGGGUUAUCUAACAGGAGGACAGAAUUCUCUCAGGACAUCCAGAAGUCCUUACUUGAAGAGAUAAAGUCAUCAAAUCCAGACUUUCCUGUACGGAAACUUUUCAAACCAUUACUUCAGAAACGAAAAGAACACCUUGCAGAGGCUCUCAAAGCAGGACCCUCUAAUGAAUCGGACAGUUCUGUAAUAGAGCUUGAUACUGAGCCCCAACAAGUAUUAUCUCUGUGUAGCAGUCCACAACAAACUUUGGGUAAAAGGAAGAGAAAGAAGGAAAGACAGGACCAGAAACAAAAAAGGAGGAAAAUACUUGACAAUAAUGAGGACUCUGUUAUUAUCAUUGAUGUGGAAGAAUACACUCCAGAGGUGUCUGCACAAUCUGAGAAAUCUACCAAGAGAAACAGUAAAGGCGCCCAAAAUCAGAAUUGCGUGGCUCCUUCCAAAAAUCGCCUUAGUCGAUCUAUUAAGAUAAAGCAGCAGGAGUUGGAAUGUAAAACCAGAGCAGCAGAAACACAGAAUGUGCCUGCUCCGUCACGGGUUUCCAAAUUAACUGACCAACCAAAGAGGGAGGAAGCUGCUGCUUCUGACGACCCAAUCAGGGAAGAUCUUCUAUGGACAGAGAAAUACCAGCCACAGCACUCCAAUGAACUUGUCGGAAAUCUCAGUGCUAUCAGGAAAUUACGCAGUUGGUUAAUGGAAUGGAAGAAGAGGGCUGAUCAGGAAGAAAAGAAAAAACAGAAAGAAAGAAAGACUGAAAAGGAUAAGAAACUGGAUAUUUGGGACAAUAGUGACUUUAACAUGGAGAGCUCUGAGGAUGAGGAUUUUUUGUGCAAUACCGUGCUAAUUACUGGACCGCCUGGAGUUGGGAAAACGGCUGCAGUUUAUGCUUGUGCUCAGGAGUUGGGUUUUAAGGUAUUUGAAGUAAAUGCUUCCUCACAGCGAAGUGGCAGACAGAUCCUCUCUCAACUAAAAGAAGCCACUCAAUCUCACCAAGUUGAUAAACAGGGAGCGAAUGCCCUCAAGCCUGCCUUCUUCAACAGCAACAAGCUUUUGCCUUCUCAAACAGCCAAAUCUCCGAAGAAAACAAACUCUCCGAGAAAAGUGGUCUUGUCGCCCAGGAAGGCACCCCAGUCCCCGAAGGGAAGGGGCUCAAAGAAGAACCUAACGCCCAUGUCUUUAGCCAAUUUCUUCAGAGGCCCGUCGAAACCUAACAGAAGUGAAGAAACAGAAAAACUUGAAGAAAAGGAGACGAAUGACAAACCACGGAAGAAUUAUAAGGCCCAGAAAAGCAGCCCCCAGGUUACAGAUGUAACUAGGGUUCCCUCCAUGUCUGGGAGCAAAGACACAGGCUCUGAAGAAUCCAGCAGAAAAAGUGCCACGUCACUCAUCCUGUUUGAGGAGGUAGAUGUAAUAUUUGAUGAUGAUGCUGGAUUUCUAAAUGCAGUUAAGACCUUCAUGGCAACUGCGAAGCGGCCAGUUAUACUCACCACCACUGAUCCCAACUUCAGUUUAAUGUUUGAGUGCUGCUUCGAAGAAAUCUGCUUUAAAGUGCCAUCGUCAACAAAUGUUGCCAGCUACCUCCAGCUCUUGUGCCUAGCUGAAAAUUUAAGAACUGAUACUAAGGACCUCACUGCGCUACUUGCUCUUAAUAAGUGUGACAUACGACAGAGCAUCCUCCACUUGCAGUUCUGGGUGAGAACUGGAGGUGGCUACCAAGUGGAUAAGCCUCUCCCUGCUGAAGUUGAAGAAAUGAGCAUGGUUCCAAGCCCAGCUCGAGAAGAAUCAGUUGGAAAUGCUGAUGCUGCUGAAGACACCCUGGAGAAUUCAUCAAAGAACGGCUCCAUUGUAAAGACGCAGGAUGUUCCCAAAUGUAGCGCAGGAUGCACAGAGAACCUGCUUGGCUUAAAACACACUACUGGAUGUUCAAGUGAUCUCUUUUCCAUGUUCAAGCAGGAGGUCAUUUCACUGGAGCAGUGGAGAAGUCAAGUGCAGAUUCUCCUGGAGUUCCAGAGGAGACGGCUGGACUUCAUAUUCCAUAACUUGGCGUUUCUUCUGCCUCUGCCAGUCCGAGUUGUCCCUGAUCCAGAGGGGCCUGAAAAUCUGAUUGCAGAGGACUCUGAGCCUUCCAUCUGCAAUCCCGCAUGUACAGCUGGAAGAAGGCUUCAGGAUAGUAACACAUCAGUCGAUGCCAGUCCUGUAAAAAUCUCGGGCAGAACGAAACGACACAGAAGAAACGUCUUGUUCGAUGAUAGUGACUUGUUUGACACGGAGCUGAAUGAGAGCAGUACCUUUGUGACUUUACCAAAUGAAAUUCCUACCUCACCUUGUGUUGCUGGAAAAGCAGCAGAAAGCCAAGCUAGCAGAGUGAGUGGGGAUGGUCCCUCCAGGAAUGAGACUGAUCCCUCCAAAAUUACUGAAAAGAAGCCAAGGACACUAGCAGAACAUAAGUGUUGUGAGGCGGUAUCUUUGUGUCUCGGAUCUCUAGCUGAGUUCACAGACAGUAUCUCGUUCUUGGACUGCUGUCUACGCAGAGGUGCGGUUGAGAGAGAGGGUUCAUGUGGACAGAGUGGUUAUCACUGGGCUGCCGCAGAGAUUAAAAACGGCAUGUUGGAUGAGGGGGGUGUGGAGUUGGGAGAUUGGUGGUCCUCCCACAGCUUUGGGGAGAUGAGAGCAACUGUGGAAGCCUUGAGCUGGAAGAAGUGUCGGUCGCAGAUUCAACAAAUCGUGGAUCCUUCAGUUACCAAGUGCGAGGAACCAGCGAAAGACCCAAUGGAGGAGCUCACCCUUCACAUUCCAAAUCACCAAAACCGUAAUGCUGUGUUCACACAGUCUUCCCAUUAUCACACCAGCACUGCAUCUAAAAGAAUAGAGGUGCUGAAAACUGUAUUCUCUAGCAAGGCAUUUGUAAGUCUGGGUAACAGGCGAGCAAGUGCUGUGGAAUAUCUGCCAGCUCUCCGCACUAUCUGCAGGACAGAGAAAUUGAAAGAACAAGGCAAACUAAAACGCAGGUUUCUGCAUUAUUUGGAUAGUGCGCACUUGGAGCUGCCUAAAAGUACUCUGGAAGCCCUUGCAGCUAGUUUUCCAUGAAGAUCCCAACUUGUUGACAGUACUUAUUGUGCAGUGAAUUACUACACACUCAAGGCAGACUAUAUUACUGGGGUAUUUUUCCCCCUGGUCUUUUACUUGGUAAUUGCUGUCCACUGUGUAUAUGUGUGUGUUUUGUGAAAUCAUUUUUUGUACAGUAAAGUGAUGUGAAACUGUGGGAGAAUGCUGGGUUCUUAAUUUAAUUACAGUGGGAAUAAUAGUAUCUGCUGUCUAAGAAUGUAAAAAUCCGAUGCAUAAUAGUUUAUUUUGAGUGCAUGGAGUCUAUUUAUAACACUUAUGGAGAAAUAACAAACCGUCCCCUCCUGUUCUGCUGGUACCUUCUGCUGUCUUGCCUAACAAUCCAUGUGUGAGUGCUCAUCCGACAUUAGCGCUGCACACAUUCCAGCAGGGGUCACUGGAUAGGGAUUGGGAGCAGGAAUGCUGACUAUUUUUUCUGUAUAUCCCUGCCCUCUCUGCCCACCCCUUCCCAGCUCAAGGCUACAACAGUAUUUAAUUACAUAUAUUGUUUAACGAGCAGUCUUGAUUUAUUUUUUUACUCCUUGUUUUCUUCUCUCUCCUCUGAACAUUCCCUCCCUUUCUGUGCCAAAUACCCCCACCCACCCCCACAAAAAACCCUUUCAACCCAAAGCUACAAACUUUGGUUUAGAAAGCUUCCACAAGUGUUAUAAAUAGGGCCAGUUACAGACAGCAGUGAGAUCAGACAAGUGUCUUCCUCUCAGAAGAGGACCCAGCUUGUAAAUGCCUCACUGGAGUCUGCCAGCCUCAACCGGGCAGUCAGAGGGAAUAUUGUCAUAAAUCAUGAAUGGCUAUGAUCCAUCCUCUUGUCCACUAAGGUUUUUUAAUGUUGCAAUUUUUAUAUUACGUGGAUCUUAUAAAGGAUGGAGUGCCCCUGUAUUGUAUAGUGUGAUUGUAUACCCCAUUCUGUCAUUGGAUAUGGAAUUAAAUAAAUCAGAGAAAUGCU